AUGGUACACCUUGUGGCUGUACCAGAGACAAUCACGGCAAGUGGCUGUGCUUGUGUCUUUAUCGACACCAUCUUCCGACUUCAUGGGUUGCCCCGUGAACUCGUAUCAGACAGAGAUCCACGAUUCACUGCUGAUUUCUGGCGUUCCGUGUUCAAAUCACUCGGAACGCGCUUGAAGAUGUCGACAUCUGAUCAUCCAGAGUCAGAUGGUCAGACGGAACGUGCCAACCGUGUCCUUGAAGAGAUACUUCGAGGAUACGUACACUCCUUUAGGAGUUGGAGUGAGUUCUUGCCAAUGGUAGAGUUUGCCAUUAACAACUCGGUGCAUGCGUCCACGACACAUACACCGUUUUACAUGAAUGGCUUACGCCAUCCGCGAGUACCCACCUUACUAGAGUGUGACUCUGGUUUAAGGAGGGGAGGGACUCGCGCGAGCAAAAACCGAUUUGGUUCACGCUCAUCACGCUCUGACGAAGAAGUCAUUGCGUUUGAUGCCGAUAUCGAUAACAUCGAUAUCGAAGAAGAUGAUGCCAGUGAGAGUGCGGAAGCCCUCACUGAAGAAAAGGUUGAUGUUGCUGCAGUGCACUCACAGCACACUGAAGCUAACGAGUCAUCAGAUGAGUUCAUACUGGCUCGUGAAACGGUAGUCCGUUUUGUGCAAGAUUCCAUCGCCGAAGCGGUGGAUAAGCAAAAGUAA